UUAUGGAGUUAGCCGUAGUAGCAAUAUUAUUCCCACAGAUUUGUAUCAAUUUAUUGUGAAGAUUUUCACAGCAAUGUGUAAUAAACUAAGUGUGAACAUUUUAAGAGAAACACUUGGAUUUGGAUCUGAAGGAAGAAUCCUGGAACAAACAUGGCAGAAGGAAUUUUAUAGAAUCGGUACACAGGUAUUGAGAAGGAAUCAUUUUUUGUCACCUGAAGUAGGUUCAGUUUUUGGAUGUGAAGGAAAGAUAGAUUUCUAUGUGGACAAGUUAGACUGGGCAAUAUAACUUUUGAGAGAUGAUGAAGAUAUGAAAGGGCACAAGGACAGAUUUGAACCUAGUUAGAACUUCUAUAUCCAUAGGCCACAAAUAUUAUAAUAU